AUGAAUCUAGCAAUCGCCCACACCCUCGCAAUGAAAAGAGAUUUAGAUGCCCUUGUUGCAUCCAGAAAGGGCAAGAAGCGCUCUCAAUUUCCGGACUUCCAUCGCACUCGCGCAUGGAUGGUUGCGGCCUUCACGGUUGAGGCUGCGAGAUCGAGAAAGGAGACACUUGGUGUUUUCCAGAGCAUCAUGGCUCAAGCAUACCCUCCUUGCAAGCUCCCUUUGAGCGCUCUCAGUAAAGACAUUCCAAAGGAUACGGAACCUACCCUCGCCUAUGUGCAUGUCGAUGGCAAGUACGAAGAAGUCAAGAUGGCACUCCAAAAUUACGGUUUCCGCUGCGACUGUAAGCUUUGCGCUGCUGAGAAUGCUUACGAUGGCACUCGCGACGAAAAGAACAUUCCACCCCUGACUGAACGCAUCGUCCCUGCUCAAGACCUCAUCGAUCAAGUCAAGCUCUACGUCGAGAAAAUCGAAGACACCUACCCGCCCGAGCUCUUCGCCGACUUGCCUCGCUUCGGCCUCAUCAAGCGCCACGCCUGGCUCAUGAAGGCGAUCGCGAUGCUCGACCGCAACACCGCUCUUAUGAAUCUUGAUCGAAGUGAUCGCAGCAAUAUCAUCUUGACUACUGAGAUUGUGGAUGCUUUUGCGUUCAUGGGCGUGUACUAUGAGCUUAAGCGCCAGAUGGCUUUGUCGCGCCUGAUGAAGAAGUUGGCCCGCGAGCAUUAUGUCAUUUUGAAUGGUUCUGCUGUUGGAUACGAGCUGAUGUGUGAGCUCUGUUAUCAACAGAAUGGCUUGAAUACAGCAUGA